AGUCAGGCCUUUGGGAGCCCAGUGCCACAGUCUGCACUGAGCUGGGCUCAGGAAGGAGAGAAUCCAGGCGGGGCCUGUUGGGCCCAGAUCUUGAGUGCUCUUCCCUCCAGAGUUCCCGGCACAGUCAUGGAUCAAAACUUAAGGCCUAAAAAGGCUCAGAAUGAGGCGGACACCAAUAACGCAGACGUGUUCUUCCACUCCCACUCAUCACCCCCAUACCACAGGCCAGGCCACGGUGGAUCUCACCACCAUCACAAGUCACAUCACGGUGUGCCCCAUCAUCGUGAUGAAUCUCGCCACCCUCCGGAGUUCCAAGACUUCCACGGCCGUGCCUCCUCCUCCCAUGUCCCCCAGUCUCAUCGCCACAACGAGGCGCGGAAUCAUGGCAAGGCCCACGGCCCCACGGGCUUCGGUCUGGCUCCCCCUCAAGGGGCCGCCCCCUCCCUGCAUCCCUAUGCUGAGGACUACUUUGAUGGCAGGAGGCUUUCCGAUGUGUCCCAAUACAGUGGGUCCCAGCAGCAGAGUGACUCCCGCUACCACGGGGGGUCCCACCACCACCGCAGACAGCACAAUCGUGGUGAGAAUUUGUCCCGCUAUUCCUCUGGCAUGUCCCACCAAGGCAGCGAGGCUUCCCACAGUGAUGGGUCCUACCUGCCCCAUGGACCUGUUGCCUACAGUGAGUCCUUCCACCAAAAUGAGGCUUUCUACAUUAGCGGGAUCCAACCUGACAGGACCCACCAUCGCCAAGCCCACCAACAUGGCUGGCCCCACCAUCGCCAAGUCCCACAGCAUGGAAGACCUCCUCAUCACGGAGAGGCCCUUUCCCAUCCUUCCUUUGUGGGUAUACCUGACUAUCACGGCGAGUACCGCCAAGAUGAUCGCCACCCCGGCGAGCACCACCGCGAUGAGCACCCCCACCACUCACAGCACCACCACCACCAGACCCACCAGCACCAAGACCACCAGCACCGAGACCACCACCAUGGCGCACGUCAUUCCGGUUACCUCCGCAGCGACUACCAGUAUAGGGACUCUGUCCAGAGCCCUUCCCAGCUCUCCAUCCCACGGCAGUCCCCCAACUUGAUUCGCGAUGCCCUCAGCCCUGGUGCUUCUCAUGCAGGAGCCUUCCCCUCUCACAUGGCACACCCAAGGGGCUCGGCCCACAGCAUGGUUCCAUCCGGCACUUCAAUCCACUCACAUGCCAACCAGAUGUCCAAAAAACUCCAUCCCCAGAUUAUCUCCACCAAAGACUCAGAAAACCGGGGCAAAGAAGAGGGGCAAUCUCGGAAACGCAAAAUUAGCCAGCACCAGCGGACCCACAAGAAGGGACAGUCUACCAAUCUCUUACAAUGGCUGUGGGAAAAGUUAAGCCAUCUCAUUCAGGGCUUCCGGGAAAUGAUCCGGUCGCUGACCCAAUCCCUGGCCUUUGAAGCCUUCGUCGUCUUCAUCGUCUGCCUCAACACCAUCAUGCUGGUGGCCCAGACCUUUGCAGAAGUCGAGAUCCGGGGUGAGUGGUACUUCAUGGCUUUGGAUUCCAUCUUCUUCUGCAUCUAUGUGUUGGAAGCCCUGCUCAAGAUCUUCGCCCUGGGCCUCUCAUACUUCUACGACUUCUGGAACAAUCUGGACUUCUUCAUCAUGUCCAUGGCCGUGCUGGACUUCGUGCUGAUGCUGACCCACUCCUUCGCCAUCUACCACCAAAACCUCUUCCGGAUCAUCAAGGUCUUCAAGAGCCUUCGGGUCCUGAGGGCCAUCCGGGUCUUGCGGAGGCUCAGUUUCCUGAACAGUGUCCAGGAAGUGACAGGGACCCUGGGCCAGUCCUUGCCAUCCAUCGCAGCCAUCCUCAUCCUCAUGUUUACCUGCCUCCUCCUCUUCUCCGUGGUCCUCCGAGCGCUGUUCCUCAAAUCAGACCCCAAGCGCUUCCAGAACAUCUUCACCACCAUCUUCACCCUCUUCACCUUGCUUACGCUGGAUGACUGGUCCCUCGUCUACAUGGACAGCCGUGCCCAGGGUGCCUGGUACAUCAUUCCCAUCCUCAUGAUUUACAUCAUCAUCCAGUACUUCAUCUUCCUCAACCUGCUGAUUGCUGUCCUGGUGGAUAAUUUCCAGAUGGCGCUGCUGAAAGGCUCCGAGAAAGUGAAGCAGGAGAAGGCUACCUGGAUCCAAAAGAAUCCGCUGGAAGACUCAUUGACAGAGCUCAAAGCUGCAGAGCCCAAAGAGGUGUUGAGUGAAGGCACCAUGCUGAAGCGACUCAUCGAGAAGAAGUUUGGGACCAUGACUCAGAAGCAGCAGGAGUUCCUGUUCCUCUACCUGCAGCUGGUGGCAAACGUGGAGCAGCAUCAGCAGCAGUUCUGCUCCCAGGCAGCCAUCAUCGAUGAGAUCGUGGACACCACAUUUGAGGUCGGAGAAGAGGACUUCAGGAACUGACCCCAGGAGAAGGACACCAGUUACAGACUUCAGCCCUGGCAGUCUGCCCACCUGGGUACACUGGGGCAGGUCCCCAGAUCUGCUGGAAUGAUUGUCUGGGCCCUAAUAGAGUUUUUAAACCCCA